AUGACGCAUCGCAUCGCCUAUUGAACAAAAACAGCUCGCCAGACAGCAAAAAAAAACGCAAUAGCUGGAAAAAGGAAUUUCUGGACAGGAUUUCUGAAGAGUAGGAGUACCAAAGCACACAGCCAGGAUGAGUUUCUUCGGGAAAAUGUUUGGCGGCAAGAAGGAGGUGGCCCCCACAACGGGCGAGGCGAUACAGAAGCUGCGAGAGACUGAGAACAUGCUUAUCAAGAAGCAGGAGUUCCUCGAGGCCAAGAUCGAGGACGAGCUGAAUAUAGCUCGCAAGAAUGCGUCCAAAAACAAACGAGAACUGGCCCUGCAAGCGCUCAAAAAGAAGAAGCGCCUGGAGAAGCAGCUCCAACAGAUCGACGGCACACUGUCCACCAUUGAAAUGCAGCGUGAGGCUCUGGAGAGCGCCAACACAAACACUGCCGUCUUGACCACAAUGAAGGGAGCUGCCGACGCUCUCAAGAGCGCCCACCAGAAUAUGGAUGUGGACAAGGUGCACGACAUGAUGGACGAUAUUGCCGAGCAGCAGGACGUGGCCCGCGAAAUAUCCGAUGCCAUUUCCAACCCUGUGGCCUUCGGGGCAGAUCUCGAUGACGAGGACCUCGAGCGGGAACUCGAUGAACUCGAACAGGAGAACUUUGAUAAGGAAAUCAUUGGUAUUCCCGAGCCGACACCAACAUUGCCAGAAGCACCUACAGAAGAUUUGCCUGAGAAGGCCAAGGAGAAGAAGAAGGCGGCUCCAACGACAGCAGUGGCUGACGAUGAUGACCCAGACAUGAAGCAACUCUUGUCCUGGUCCACCUAAAUUAUCGAGCUACUGAAAUCUCCUCACUGUUCUGCAAAUUCACCCCAGACCCAAGCGUUUUGUUUUAAUUAAAUAAUCUAUUAUCAUAAGCCAAAAUUUUAGUUCGAAGCGAAGGAGAGAUGAAAUAAGGCAUUAAUUCCUUUGGCAGUAUAUCAAAUGGUACAUUAAAUAGGCAUGUGAUUUAACAAAUAAAUGAUGAAACUUA